CUCAUCAUGUAGUAACCAACUCCAUUCAAAGGAAACACAUUACUAAACCCAAUCUCUCUCUCUCUCUCUCUCUCUCUCUCUCUCCAUUUCUCUUGUAACGAAAACAAUUGAUCAACAAACCACAACCACCAUCUAGCGCUUGGUUUGCGAAACGCGUAGAGAGAUAUACCAAUAACAUAUAUAAAUAUAGAUAUAUAGAUAUAUAUAGAGAGAGACAGAGAGAGGGGAGAAUGGUAGAGAGAGAGUGAGAGGGAUGGCUGUUCCGACGUUUGAUUGAUUCUUGAAGCAAACGACGACCACGACUUGUGCCUGUUGCUUCAGAUCUCUGCUUCUUCGAUGAUGCUAGGGUUUGCUCUUCUGUAUUUAUGACGACGACGUUCUAGACAGAGAGUGAGAGACACGGCAUCACUCUGUACAAUUUCAGUUUUUCAAUCGAUUUCGUUGCGAAAUGGUGGAGCCUAGGCCUAUAACACCUGGACAGGUGUCCUUUUUGCUUGGAUUUAUACCCAUUUUUGUCGCAUGGAUAUAUUCCGAGUUCUUGGAAUACAAGAAGUCUGCAUCUCCUUCUAAAGUCAGUCAUUCAGACAAUAAUUUGGUGGAAUUGGGAAAUGAGACUGUCAAGGAAGAUGAUCGAGCUGUUUUGCUGGAAGGAGGGCUCACAAAAUCAGCUUCGGCGAAGUUUUAUACUUCCUCCAUUAAAGCAAACUUAAUUAGGUUUUUAACCUUGGAAGACUCUUUUUUGCUAGAAAACCGAUCGACUUUCAGAGCAAUGGCUGAGUUUGGGUCAAUUCUGGUGUAUUUCUACAUAUGUGACCGCACAGAUCUAUUGGCAGAAUCUACAAAGCAGAAAUACAAUCGGGAUCUCUUCCUCUUUCUUUACAUUCUUCUUAUCAUAGUCUCGGCGAUGACAUCUCUCAAGAAGCAUAAUGACAAAUCAGCAUUUUCUGGAAAAUCCUUACUUUACCUUAAUCGGCAUCAAACAGAAGAGUGGAAAGGAUGGAUGCAGGUCCUCUUUCUUAUGUAUCACUACUUUGCUGCAACGGAAAUAUACAAUGCAAUACGUGUUUUUAUUGCUGCAUAUGUUUGGAUGACUGGAUUUGGAAACUUCUCCUAUUAUUACAUCCGGAAGGAUUUUAGCGUUGCAAGGUUUGCUCAGAUGAUGUGGCGACUAAAUUUCUUCGUGGCAUUUUGUUGUAUUGUUCUUAACAACAACUAUAUGUUGUAUUACAUCUGCCCAAUGCACACGCUUUUCACGCUUCUAGUGUAUGGAGCCCUUGGUAUUUUCAGCAAGUAUAAUGAGAUAAGAUCAGUGAUGGCUUUGAAGAUACUGUCAUGCGUUCUCCUGGUUAUUGCAGUUUGGGAAAUUCCUGGAAUUUUUUACUUCUUGUGGAGCCCUUUAACGUUCCUGCUAGAGUACACUGAUCCUGCAAAACCAGAUCUUCCUCUAUUGCAUGAAUGGCAUUUCAGAUCUGGACUUGAUCGCUACAUAUGGAUCAUUGGAAUGAUAUAUGCCUAUUUUCACCCCAGUGUUGAGAAGUUGAUGGAGAAAUUAGAGGAAUCUGAAGCCAAGCGUAGACGCACAAUCAAAACGUCCAUUGUUGCAGUUUCUGUAUUUGUUGGCUAUCUCUGGUAUGAAUAUAUUUACAAGUUGGACAAGGUUACAUACAACAAGUUCCAUCCCUACACAUCAUGGAUCCCGAUAACUGUUUACAUUUGCUUGCGCAAUUUCACUCAGGAACUUCGGAAUUUCUCAUUGACUCUUUUUGCGUGGCUUGGCAAGAUUACCUUGGAGACCUAUAUUUCCCAAUUCCAUAUCUGGCUGAGGUCGGACGUGCCUAAUGGACAACCCAAGUGGCUUCUUUCUUUUAUUCCGGAAUAUCCUAUGCUCAACUUCAUGCUCACAACUGCUGUUUAUGUAUUGAUAUCACUUCGGCUCUUUGAACUAACAAAUUCCCUGAAGUCAGUUUUUUUACCCACAAGAGAUAACAAGCAGUUGCUUCAUAAUUUUCUCGCGGGGGUUGCAAUUUCUGUGUGUUUGUAUUCUGUCUCAUUCAUUCUUCUCCAGAUCCCUCAUUAACUGAAUGAAACAGAGAUCUUAAAGACUGCUAGGCAGAGAUCUUUUCAUGUUUGGAUAUGCACAAAAACUAGAUGGGAGUAAAAUAAUAGAAAUGCGAAGGUCAUGCACAUGAAGCUAGUAUUCCCGACAUAUAUGGUGGAAAAUCACUCUCCAUUGCUGUGUAAAGAGCUACAGCAGAAUGUGGAGUUUGCUUUGAGAGGUUGGCCGAAGGCUUGUGGUUAUAGAAAAUAGAUUUUUGUUUUUCUUUGUUCCCUCUUGUAAUAUUGUCAGGUACAACAUUAUCAAUAUCUUUAAAUUUUUCUUUUACUUUUUGAAAAUCUUCAUUUGUUGUUGAUCAGUGAUGAUAUAAUGUAGGCUUAUUAUAUGAUGUAAAAUUGUUGUCUGCUGUGGUGUUGAACAGAACAGUCCUCAUUGCUGAUUCCAUUUUUUGUCGAGCUGAGUUUGUUGAGAAUAGUCGUCUCAUUCUAUGCACAGAAGUUGUAUUGAUAGAGAGCCCCUUUUUCAUAGACAAUAAAAUUAGUAAAACUAAAGUCC